AGAAAGAGAGCGGAAUCAGUAUAGGGGAAGUCUUAAGAUGACAAGCAAAAGCCCACAUUGCCACACUCCUUAACGCUCGCCUCCAGCUCCCCUAACCAGCGCCUUUCCCUUCCCCUUCCCCUUCCCCUUCAAACUCCUCUCUUCCGUCUUUGAUUCCCCAAAAAUCCCUUCUCAAAGAUGGAGGACGAUGAUGAGUUCGGGGAUCUCUACACGGAUGUUCUCAGACCCUUCGCUUCUUCUUCCUCAUCCGCGCCGCAGACUCACAAAUCUUCUCCCACCCCUCCGCCCCUUCUACGUUCGAUCGAUCUCAAUCGUCAGGAGAACCAUCAGACUCCCCCCUUUGGACCUUCUUACUCCAAGUCGGUUGUUCCGGUGCAGCUCGCCAAUCAAACCCCACCUAUCCAGCCGCCUCGGGAGUCUGUACCCGCUGGUUCUUCUGGCUUCGUUCUCAAUUUGGCCGCCAGAAACGACGGAGAGGGUUCUCGGGUGAAGGGAGUUAAGGAUUUUGCUUCCGUCGAUGUUGAAUUGCCGAAUAGGGCUUUGGAGGAUCGGAAUUUCGGUGUUGAAUCUGGAAUUGUUGGUGCUCUGGAGAAAGAUGUUAAUUUGAUGGAUAAGGAUGUCAAAUUUGAUGUUGAAGAGGAGAAUGUUGGGGUUGAGGACGACGUGGGUAUGGAGCCGGUUAUUCCUGGCUUGUCUCCUGGCGGUGGAAUAUCGAUCCAUGAGAGAGGUGGAAAUUUUGAGAACGUGGAAGGUUUUAGAACGAGUGAUGCUGCCCGAGACCGAGGUGAUGGCGGUGACGACUGGGAUAGUGACAGUGAGGACGAAUUGCAAAUUGUGUUGAAUGACAAUGAUCGUGGGCCUAUAUCAAUGGAGAGAGGUGGAUUGGGUGGUGAUGAUGAGGACGAUGAAGACGAUCGCCCGCUGGUUAUUUUGGGGGACAAUGAUCAGAAUCAGGGUAUGGAAGAGCAAGAGUGGGGUGAAGACGCAGUGCCGGUAGCGGAUGGCGAGAGAAAGGAGAUGGGCGAGGCUGCAAAAUCUAGUGGUGGGAUGGUUGUGGCGCCAAAACUCGGAUAUAGCAAUUUUGGUUAUCGUCCUUUUCAUUCUCAAUAUAAGUAUGUGAGACCUGGUGCAGCACCUUUUCCUGGUAAUCCUGCUUCUGGCCCUGGAGUGACGCCAAAUCAAGCUCGUCCACCUGUCAUGGGUCCUGUUGGUGGUCGUGGAAGAGGCGAUUGGCGACCAGCAGGAGCAAAAGAUCCUGCCUCAAUGCAGAAAGGUUUUCAUUCAGGUUUCGGAAUGCCUGGAUGGGGCAAUAAUAUGGGAGGGCGUGGUUUUGGUGGUGGCCUAGAGUUCACUCUGCCUUCACACAAAACAAUUUUUGAAGUUGACAUUGAUGGUUUUGAGGAGAAACCAUGGAAAUCUAACGGAGUGGACAUAUCUGACUUUUUCAACUUUGGCCUGAAUGAGGAUAGCUGGAAGGGAUACUGCAAACAGCUGGAACAGCUACGCCUGGAAGCUACUAUGCAAAGCAAAAUUCGUGUAUAUGAGAGUGGACGGACAGAACAGGGCUAUGAUCCUGAUUUGCCUCCAGAGCUAGCAGCUGCUGCAGGCUUUCAUGAUAUUUCCAACGGACAUACUCAUGGGAAGUCUGAGGCUUUGCAAAAUGAUCUAGGAAAAGGAGCAGCUCGUCUGCGGCCACCUCUGCCUACGGGUAGAGCAAUACAGGUGGAAGGUGGUUAUGGUGAGCGUCUUCCCUCCAUUGAUACUAGACCCCCCAGAAUUCGUGAUUCUGAUGCUAUAAUUGAGAUUGUCUUGCAGGACUCUUUGGAAGAUAAUUCCUCCACAGGAAAUUGCACCCCAGACCAACAGAAUGAUUUGCCAGGAAAGGAUUUCAAAGAAGUCCAUGAAGCUGAAGAUGACAAUGCGCAAAUUCAUAGUGAUACUGAAUAUCCUGACAAUUUUUCAGAACCUUAUAAUAGUGAACUGCAGGAAAAGGCUGGAAGAAGGAAGACAUCAAUGAAUUCUGCUUCUGAUAACAACAUACACGAAGAUGUCAGUUUGCCUUUCGCUUCAGAAGGACCAAUGCACGAUCCUGCGUCUAGAGGCCAUACCCCUACUUACUCUGCUCAGAACUUGGGUACUAUUGAGGAAAGGCAGCCACCAGGUAGAACACGUAAUAAGUCCCCUCAUUCUCCAAGACAGAACUCGCGAGUUAGUAAAUCUACUGACAGUCGGGAGGGAUCUGUUGGAAGUUUGAAUGGUAAACGUAGUCCACAAGUAUCAUCUCCUGUAAUGGUUGAGGCUGCCCAGGAGUGUAGUGCUGAGGACAAGGAUGCUGAACAUGAUGAUGAGCUCAUUGAGGCUGACAGAAAUACUGGAAUUGAUCAGGAGAAUGUGAAUUUCAUUUCAACCAGUACCACUAGUAAAAAUGAUAGAGAUGACGAAGUAAUGGAGAAUAAUGAGAAAUUGGGUCCUAUAGUUGAACCAAUUAUGCACAAAGAAGAUGACGAUGAAGACUCGAAGGCUGCAAGUAGUGAAAAUAGAAAAACACGAUCAGGGAGUAGCAGGGAUUAUCAGAAAUGGCAGGAUGGGGUUGAGGAGGAGGUAUUUCAAAAUAGACGCUCGUCAAGCAUGGGGAGUGUUAAGAAGUACCAUGAUGAAAACGAACAGAAUUUUCGAAGAAGAGAUAAUGAAGACAAACAAGACGAAAGGAACCGAAUGGAAGUUAAGGGGAGGAAAGAUGCUUAUGCUUACAGAGACUGGGAUCCCAGCUUUGCUCAUCAGCAUCAUUUGAAACCUGAUGGUUUUGAUCGGCGAAAGGAGAGGAGUAAUGCUGAAGCUACUUGGCAAAGAAGAGAUGAUGAUCCUUAUUACAGAAAAGCAAGAACUGAAGAAACAAGAAAGAGGGAGCAUGAUGAUGAAACAGGAUCUAGGCAUAGGGGCAAAAUUCGUGAAAUGGAGAGAAGUGAUAAAGAUGACCGCCAUCUAACCAAAAAGUUAGAUAAUGGAAGCUAUAGGGCUCAUUAUGAUAAAAGUGUUAGCUCAAGACACAGGGAAAGAGAUGACAGUUUGAAGAGUAGAUAUGAAAGUGUGGAUAGCUAUUAUAACAAGAAAAGGAAAGAUGACGAACAUCUGAGGCGGGAUCAUAUAGACAAGGACGAUAUCUUGCAUGGUAAGAGAGAGAGUAAAAGCCACCGGAAACGGGAAAGAGAUGAAGUGUUUGAACCACAAAAGAGAGAUGAUCUACUGAGAGUUAGGGAUAACGUUGGUGAUCACCAUUCUGUAGGGCACAAAGAGGAGUGGUUGCAAAGAGAAAGAGGUGAUAGGCAGAGAGAUAAGGAGGAUUGGCAUAGAUUGAAACAACCUCGUGAGGAAAAUCUAUCCAAGCGGGAUCGAGAUGAAGGAAGGAGCUCUGUCAGGGGUGGGCAUGGAACCGAAGAGAAAGCAUGGGGGAGCCAUGUUAGGGUGAAGGAUGACAAUAAAGUUUCUGAAAAAGAGUACCCAGUAAAAGAUGUGGUGCGUCACAGCGAACAAAAUAAGAGGAGGGAUAGAAUAGAGGAGGAAAGUUCUCGCCGAGGACGUGAGGAUGCCUAUUCAAGGCGAAAUCUACCUAGUACCGAGGAUAGAAGAUCUAGGCUGGAAAAGUCUACUAGUGAAAGACAUGCGGUUAAUGCUUUUGAUAACCAGAGAACAUAUGAUAAGAGGCAAAAAGAGAGCAAGAUGAAGAACAGAGAAGUAGAUGGCAGCGACUACAAUGCUUUAGGUCCUUCCAAGAAAACCCAAGAGAACCAAAACAACCAUAGGAGUCAGAUGGCAUUGAAAGGUUCUGAUGAUCAUGGAGAGUUGGAGCAUUCAGUUCACCAUCAUGGGUCUAGAAAACAUACUGAUAACGCUUCCUCAGGCGAUGAGCAGCAAGAUUCCAGGCGGGGGCGCUCUAAAUUAGAACGUUGGACAAGUCACAAAGAGAGGGAGUUCAAUAUGAACAGCAAGUCAUCAUCCGCAUUACUGUCUAAAGAAAUUGAGAACAACAAUGGUGGACCUUCAGAAGGCAGCAAACAUCCAGAUGACUCGUUGAAGGGGGCUGAGGCUGGCGACAACUACCAUCUGGCUGAAAAGAAAGAUAGUGGCGAUCUGGACUCGAAAGGUGGCGCUUCUGAUACAAAAGUAUUGGAAGAUAAACAUAUGGACACUGUCGAAAAGUUGAAGAAGAGAAGCGAGCGCUUCAAGCUUCCAAUGCCAAGUGAGAAAGAGGGUUUGGUGAUAAAAAAGAUGGAGAAUGAAGCACUGCCUUCUUCCAAAAGCGACGCGCCUGCAGAUUCAGAGAUUAAACCAGAACGACCUGCUCGAAAACGAAGGUGGAUUGGUAGUUGAUGGUUAAAAUAACGAAACUAUUUGGUCGUAAUUUGUGGCGUUUCUUUCUUUUAAGGGAAGCUCCAUAUGAUAAGAGGCCUCCGAGCCGUGCUCAGAUCCAUUGAGAAUGCAAUGCCUCAACUUGGAGUAGCUUCUAAAGGAGGGUGAUACCAAGCAAUGAAGGCCUCAUCUCUCUCCCUCUCUUGGUCAAUAUAUUAUUUUGUAACCAUAUUAUCAUCUCCAGGAGCAACUUUUCUACGGUGUUUGUAUAUACUACCAGCAAGAGAUGUAACAUUGAAUUGAUUACCGAAAGCGGCGUAGAAUGCGUUUCUAGACACACUUGUAUGAUUAUUGCCUUCUAAUUCGUCGUAAAGCGUUCGACCGAGGAACAUCAACAUGUUUAUUUUAGGA